UCCUGCAGUGGUUGGUUGUUAUGUGAACUAGAAAGAGAUGAAUCGACGGCAGGGCAUGUUAAAAAAAUUGAGUUCCAAAGUCAACCAGAUGGCUGCACUCUUAACACGUCCAGCUUCAACAAUAGAGAUAGCUUGCUUGGGCCUAAUAUAAAGCCGUGUGACAUCAUGAACAGAACAAAUGGCUUGAACAACCACGGACUUAUUGGCUUUCGGUGGCAAAUUAUGAAAGAACAAAAUGAAGAUCUUGAAAAAUUGGAGGAGACAGUAACAAGUACAAAACACAUUGCAUUGGCAGUCAGAUACCUUGGACCAGCAUGUGGACUCAACGGAUUUCCACCUACAGGUUACACCAUUGCUAUUGUUGCACUCUUAUCAACCUUGAAUCCUUGUGCAUGGUAGUGUUCACUUUUUUUUGCACCAAAGCAUCCAAAUUUUUAACACUUUGACCUCCAGAACUUGAGUGUAGGGGAUAACCAUGUUAAAAAACCAACAUCUAUUUUUUUGGUAUUAAAAUAAUUUGAGAAAAUAGGCUCUGUAGACUUCUUAAACUAAAUAAUUUAACAUGAAUUUGAAGUUCUAGGAAUGGUAGAUCUCUUCGUUUGUCACGACUCAUUGACCUUUGUCUUGGAUACUAAU